AUGGAAUUUCUAACGCGGAACACGAUCGAGCUGGUGCUGCGACAUGAAGAUGAGAUCUGUUGCACUGGAACGCUGAGUCUGUGGAACUACGAAGUGGGUCACUUCCACCCCACUACUACUACUGACGGUGGCCGCGCUGUGCAGCUAGAAUUCGACCUUGUUGAUCCGCAAACACGGUGUCCCGUCGGAGUUGGGAGCGUGUUGUUACAAUUCUCCGUCGAUGAGCCCACCGUUGACCAGACGAGCAUCAUGUACGUCAUCAAUGAUCCAGUGGACCAAGGCAAGUCGGACCGGACGAAACGGAGCAGUGCAGUAGCGGAGGGAUUGUUAUGUGAGACCUGUAACGGGUUGCGAUCCACGGAGGAACUCGAUCUCCAGUACGAGCUAAUCGAUGGGAUUCUGCACAGCAAAGCGAUGGGAAGCACCGAGCAAGAGAUUCGUCGGAUCAAGGCGAAGGUUCGAGGGCUCGUUAUGGACGAAUCGAUCGGACCUAGGGACACCUUCACGCCCGAGAGUACAAUGAUCGGUUUCGUUUCCAGCUACUGCGAUCGUUGUAAUGCGUGCCUGAACUGGCUACCGGACUUCUGCCGCUGCCCGAAGUGUGGCCACAAAAAGUCUCAAGCCGCUGAAGGAGGUCACCACGUGCACCCAAGUAAAUACUGGGCGACGGCAGCGGCGGCGGCAAUGUCAUCAGCGGAGAGAAGUACAACGACCUCCGCCGCCUCCGUCACGGUGGUUGCGUCCUCGCAGUCCUGUCCCAUCUGUCACCUUCGCCAAGGACGGUGUGUGGAUUGUUCGAACGAAAUCGAACAGCGCCAACAACAGGGUGCUUCUUCCGAGUCGGAGCUUCUGGAGCAACAGCGCUCAGUGGCGCGUCCUGUCACAAGACGCCCCCGGCUGAAGGACCGUCAGCGAACUAGGACCGGUAAGCGGCAGUCGGUGGAAGUGCGCGAACCAACUGUCCAGCGCGAGCGUUUAGCACGGCUGCGUAAAGCGUAUGCGGGCGAAUCGCCUCUCAGCCAUCGCCGCAAUCCAUCGGACGUGGAAAAAGCUCAUCCACUGACCGCCGGUCAGAUUCGCAAGCAUCACAGCACGUUCCUGCGUAAGGUUGCGGAACAGAACCGGAGUCGCUAUUCGUACCGGUUUGGCAAGAGACCACCAGGGAUCGUGGCCGGUCACAAGGCCUGCAUGAAACAGGAGGUACGCGUUCCACCGUACAUGGGCUGGCGGUGGAAUAUCGCUACCCUGGGCAUCGGAAAGCACCGGCCCGGAUGGCGUCCCGGUGCCGUCCGUAAGCCAAUCCUGAUGCUUAUGCAACACUUUCUCAAGUGCUUCCCGAUGGACAUCGUGCCUGUUUCGACGAAAACGGAAUGUCCUGUUCACGGCACCGGCCGGGCGACAACGGCCGAUGGGAGUCAAGGCCACCAGAAGCCGACGCUGCAGGUGAUCAAAAAGCACGGCGAAUACUGCAUCACGAUGAACCCUCUGCGAGACUCGGAAGCACUGCAAACGGCCAGCGAACCUCAGCUGCCGUGUAAGCCGAUCACUUUUAAACUAUCCAAAGAUCCUCGUCUGACCAAAUUGUACAAGCUGCGCCAUGCGCUGAAGCAGAAGUCGCUGACACUCUGCGGAUGCAAGCAGCUGGAAAAGUGUAACCACCGCACGGAGCGCGAAAAGAAGCUGCUGGGCGAUGAGAUACGCCUCGCGGCGAAAGAGCUGGGACUGUCCGCGGACACUACCGUCGCUGACUUGCCGAGUGAGAGUGAAAGCGAGGUUGACUUUGAUUUCACUCCCCCGGCUGCCAUCAUUCGGGUUGACGUCACCAAACCCGACGUGGUGCUGACGGGGACCCAGUACAGCCAAGGGGACUACGAAAUAACCGAGCCACGAGAGGUGCCACGUGAAACAAAAACUAAGGUUAGGAGCACUCCUGCAAGCUGCCUUCCGAAACCAAUCGCCGGUGCAGAUCAUCCUGGUGGAUCAAAGACCAUAGCGGGAACGAAGAUCAACAAACCAGCGAAGGCUGCGGAAGGCUCUUCUAAGACCGGUAUCGGGCCAGGCAAACCAACGAAGGCUGGGGAAGCCUCGCGUAAGCCUGCUACCCAAUCCGGAGCCGAUCCGAAGGCGAACACACCGAAUCGGAAGAGUGUCCUCUUUACGGGCACUGCCCAAAAGUUCCUGUUUCGUUUUGAUCCACUUCCUUCCGGUGGUCCCACCGCCGAUUACGCUAUUUUGCUUGGGGAGCGUGGGUCGCUCCAUCGUCGCCGGCAUGGACACGGGACGGGUGCCGUUGCCGUGGGAGAAGGUACGAGCGGCAGCCCCGAUCAGGGCACUGCCGACGGUAAGCGCUCCGGCGAUCGCCACAGCACCAAGGUUGAUGUUCAGCAGCGGUGGCCCCUGGCGAGUAGAGUUCCGCUCAGAAGAUCUUUCUUAUCGAAGAACCCGAAGAUCCCGAGCCCGCCACGCUGCCUCUGUCAGCCCGUAGCCCUCUGCUACCCGGCAGAUUGCUUCUGCUCGUUCUGCUUACCUUGA